CAACGACAACGUCACGUCAAGCAACAUAAUAUCGCGCGAUUAUUGAAUGAUUUUAUUGAAUUUCACACAAAUAAGGCUACUAACACUUGGGAAUUAUCUUAAAAGGAUGGGCCGAAAAAAUCGCCAAUUCAAUAAGUUCGCCCAGCGAAAGCGGGAACGCAAAGAACAGGAGAAGAAUCCUCAGGAAAAGCCAGCGGCUGAUACCAGAAAGCAUUAUGAAGAUAUUGUGAGAGAAAAUGCUGCUUUUGAAGAGUAUUAUAAGAAUCAAAAAGUGUGCCCAGAAGAAGAAUGGGAUACGUUCAUGAAGACCCUAAAAGAGAACUUGCCCACAGCAUUCCGUAUCACAGGUUCUAAAUGUGAAGCAGCUGCUCUGAUGAAGAUAGUACAGAGUCAGUACUUCUCCGAGAUCCUGAAUAUGAAGCUGCAAGUAGAAGGGGAAGGUGAACAGGGAGAGGAGAUUAAACCUAUUAAUUUACCAUGGUACCCAGGUGGCUAUGCAUGGCAACUCCGUCUCUCUCGAACAGACAUCAGACGUAAUGAAGCUCUCUACAAACUUCAUAACUUCUUAGUUGCUGAGACUGCAGCCGGCGGAGUGUCAAGGCAGGAGACCGUGUCUAUGAUACCUCCUGUUGUGUUAGAUGUUCAGCCUCAUCAUAAGGUAUUGGACAUGUGUGCAGCUCCUGGAUCUAAAACAGCUCAGCUGAUUGAAUUUUUACAUGCAGAAGAAGACAAAAUGCCAACAGGUUUUGUGAUGGCGAACGACGUGGACAACAGUCGGUGUUACAUGUUGGUCCACCAAGCUAAGAGACUCAACUCUCCAUGUAUACUCAUCACUAACCAUGACUCCGCUGUCAUGCCAGCACUUGAACUUACUAAUGAACAGAAUCCAGGGUCGACCAAGCCACUGAAGUUUGACCGGAUUCUAUGCGACGUGCCGUGUUCAGGCGACGCUACUCUACGUAAGAACCCCGACAUAUGGCUCAAGUGGUCCACUGGGAAUGGAAACAAUUUGCAUGGCAUCCAAUACCGCGUCCUCAAGCGUGGCUGCGAGCUCUUAGAAGUAGGAGGUCGACUAGUGUACUCGACGUGUUCGUUCAACCCGGUGGAGAACGAGGCCGUCGUACACAGGGUGCUGCAGGAGACGGCCGGGGCUGUACAACUUGUUGACGUCGCUGCUAUGCUACCCGGACUUAAGUUUCAUAAAGGAAUGACCUACUGGCGUCCAGCGUCAAAAGACAUGGUGUUCUACGAGAAGUACGAGGAUGUACCGGAGAAGUGGCAGACCGUGGUCAGGCCGCAGAUGUUCCCGCCCAAACCUGAAGACCUACCCAAAUAUAAUCUCGAUAGAUGCAUAAGAAUUCUACCCCACCACCAAGACACUGGUGGUUUCUUCGUGGCAGUAUUUGAGAAGGUCUCCCCUCUACCAUGGGAGAAGGAUAUCAAGCCGGCAGAGAGCUCAGAAGUUAAAGAAGAAGAGAAAAAAGAACCGCCCAAGAAGAAGAGAAGAAUGGGCGGGUAUAGGGAGGAUCCUUUUGUUUUCUUCUCAGGCGAAGAAGAAGACGUGUACCCGUCAAUAAAAGAGUUUUACGACCUGCAACAAGAUUUCAACGCGACCUGUCUCCUAACAAGGUGUCAUGUCGGUAAAAAGAAGAAUAUAUACCUCGUGUCUCCUAUAGUUAAAGACGUAGUUUCUUUAAAUGAGGGCAAAAUGAAAAUCAUCAACACCGGAGUCAAGACUUUCGUGCGCUGCGAUAACAAGAAUAUGGUUUGCCCUUUUAGGUUAUCACAAGAAGGUCUCCAAAGUAUAACUCAGUUUAUAGGCCCGAAGCGUCGCCUGCGCAUUCUCAAGGAAGAUCUGAUCCUUGUACUACAGAAUGACAACCCUAGCAAGCCGCCCGAUGUCAAACUGUUCACUGAACAAACUCAGGAGUUGGUGAAGGACUUUGCUACAGGCAGCUGUGUACUAGAAUACAAAGAAGAGGGUCAGGAAUCCAACCUGGAGCUGACACUAGUAGGAUGGCGCGGCGUCCACUCACUGCGAGCAUACACUGCUACACCUGACACCGUCCAUUAUUUGAGACUGUUGGGCGCUGACUAUAGUAAAUAUGAUGUAAACAAAUUCAAAAAAGCCUCAGAAGUUCCGGACGCUGAAACCGAAGCUAAUGACGUCACAGAAACAGACGCGACUGAGUCCACUAGCGCCGCAGCGGCCGAUAGCGAAACUAACGGCGCAGGCGCUGACAUAGAAAUGGUUGAGCAAAAUGCUUCAUAGUAAAUUAUACUUUUGUAUAUUUAACUAUAAGUGAUAAUAUGUUAAUAUUAUAAUUAUAAUAUUUUAUUUUGUAUAACCUGAUUAAACGCUAUUGUUUAUCAAU